ACGAUGCACCAAGUGUAUAGCCUCUAACGCGUUCUACGGCAGCACUGCAGCAGGGAUCCGAGUUGCCCAUUACUUGUGUAGGUCUCUGUUACCACCGUCGUCAGUUCACUCCACCUUUGCCAUUGACAACUUUUUUGUUUCCGAUUGAAAAGAAGAUUAAACUAUUCAACAACAACAAAACGAUGGCAGUGGCUACCGCAAUUAGCAGGCGAUCAGCAACAGGUACGGUUGUAUGUUUGGUGCUGCUCAGCUCCUUCAUCGCCUUGACUACGGCUUUCCGCUCUCAUCAGGAAACGGUACUGUCGGAUGCUUACCUACGAGGAAUUAUGAAUCACCUUGGUGACAAAAUGCUGGCCGAUGCUACCGGUUCCGAAGGUUACCUCGAUUAUCCCCUGCCAAGCUACGAGGACAUGAUGAGUCCAUCGGUAACCAGCGAAGCGGAAAGCGAAAUGAAAGAGUACGAAGAGGCUCCCGAGAGUUUGAACGAGCCUCGUGAACGUUUGGGACUUGGACUGUCUCUACGCGACCAAGAAUAUCUGAAGCACAGUUCGUUGUUCUCCCGUCAACAGGAAGAUGAUCAACCUUCAUCAGUUGCAGGUGCCCCCACUGGUUCGCUUAAAAUCUCUGAAACUGGUUCGACAACAUCGGGAUCCAGCUCGUCCGGCAAAUCUGAGAAUGUCCUUCCAGCAUAUUGCAAUCCACCUAAUCCAUGCCCGAUUGGAUACACUGCUGAAGACGGAUGCCUGGAGGAAUUUGAAAACACAGCCGCAUUCAGCCGCGAGUACCAAGCGGCCCAGGAUUGCAUGUGCGACACGGAACAUAUGUUUGACUGUCCAGCCUCGUCGUUGAAUCAUAAAAACGACAAUGCCAAAAACCGGGCCGCAGCCAACAUGGUCGAUACAGCCAUCCGCAAAAUCAUGUCCGACUUCCAGGGAGAACACAAGUCUUUGGUAUCCAAGAAGUUCUUCGCUGACAAGUAUUAUGACGAACUGACGGGAUUGAAAAAGCGCGCACAGGAGGCCGUUGAUAUGGCUGGUGCCGACUCACACUCGACAAGCGAAAAUCCUUACCUGCAAGGAGACAAGCUGCCGAUUGCUGCCAAGAAAGGUAACCGCGUCGGCGUCUAAACAAAAGCGACGUCAUCCGAACCGGCAUUAGAAGAAUCAGGUUCACCGAUGACUUCAACUUUAUCUCUCCUACAUUUUGAAUCGGAAAUAUCCUCCACUAUUGGUGUUUCGCUAACGAAACAAAAUACUAAGGAAAACACGGUCGUUAAUGUUCCCAUUUGCUAUGUCAGAUUUCAUUCGAAAUUCCAAUUUGUUCAAAAGAAACACAUUCGAUUUGAAAA